AUGGCUCGGAUGAUCAAAAUACGAAAAGUUUGGCGGUACAAUUUGGAACAAGAAUUCAGUCUGAUUUAUCGUAUUCUUCCCUAUUUUCCAUACGCUUCUAUGGAUACUGAGUUUCCUGGAGUAAUUUACCAUUAUCCCGACCUCCAUCAUUCUUCUCUUACUCCCUCACAAAACUACUCAAUAAUGAAGAAGAACGUAGAUGCUAGGGCCUCACGUUAUUCGAUCCACAAGGAAAUCUCCCCGACUUUGGGACUGAAUCCUGCUUCGUCUGGGAGUUCAAUUUUAAGGAAUUUGACGUGGACAAGGAUGUCCAAAACCCAGAAUCCAUCGCUUUGCUUAGGCCCCAAGGCAUUGAUUUUUCCAUGA